CCCGCACUGUACUGAACUCUAAAACCCUAGCCCUUCUCGGCUCGGAUUGCCUAGACCUAGGUCUGAGUGGCCGAGGCGGCACGAGAUUCUCUUGCGUUCCGAGAUUCUCGCGGGAAACGCGAGUAGGCGCAUCUCUGACGUACUUCCGGGGCGCGGGAACAGAGGGAGACUGCGGGGGCCGCACGCCUGGAAGAUGGUGGUUACUAGGUCUGCGCGGCCUCGGGCCGGGAACCAAGCCACGUCAGUUGAAAGCUUGCAGCAGAAGAAUUCUGCUGUCACAAGACUUCAAGUGCACCCAAAAGGCAGGAAGGGGUCUUCACCUGAUAACCAAAAUACAGCUGAAUCACAGACCACUCCAGAACGAAGUCCAGCUCCUAAAACCAGGAAGAGUGGAACUACAGGCUCAUUACCAGAAAUGAACAAACCUUCGACAAAUGGCGAGAUUUCUGAAGCAGAGUCAGAUUGUUCUUCUGUGUGUGAGGUCCAGGAUCCUGUUUUCAGAGUAACUAGGAGAAGACAGAUCUUAGUUGCAGGCACCCCAGUUUCUAGUGUAAGGAAAAGGCUGAAAAUAACUCGGGUAAGUGAGUCUCAUACUGAAGAAGUCGUCUCUGAAGCAGACUCACAUGUUUCAGGUAUUUCUAGAAUUAUGCCUCCCACAGAAACAACAACCAGAAGAAGUAAGGCUAAAUCCCAAAGAGAGCCAAAGCAAGAAUCCCAUGUGGAAGUUAUUUCUGAUGCUGAGUCAUCAUGCUCAGACAUUUCAUUUUCUGGAAUUGCAACUAGGAGAACAACAAGGAGUAUGCAAAGGAAAUUACAGGCACAAACUGAGGAGAAUGAUACUAAGAUUGUACUAGAAAAUGAGAAGGAAAUCAUACAUACACCUGUGAAUUUAGAGGAUUCAGUUAACAGACGAACUUCCCGUUUACUAGCAAGAUCACUUUCUCAGAUAAAUAAGCCAAAUUUCUCUAAUAAUGAAAUUUGUAAUGACCCUGAUGAUGUCCUCUUUGGAAUUUCAGGAAAAAAACUAGCCGUGAAAAAAAACCAAAAUUUUACCAUAAGAGAGGAAAAGCAGGACAGUAUUUCACCUCUCAAAGAAAUAAAGCAGAAUUGUAAAAGUUUAGAUGAAGAAGCCAAAAAAAUAAUAGAUGGGGGGAAAGAAGGUAAUGAGAAGAGCUCUCAGUUGAAGAAUCUUUCUGAACUUCAGGAUACUGGCCUUCAGCAGUUAGUUUCUCAAAGUCAUUCAACCCCUGAAAGUGACAAAACCACAUCAGAAUCUUCAACUCUGAACUGUAAGGCUGUGAUGAAAUCGUUGGCUCAAACAUUUGCAGUUGUGGAAAUGGACAGAUGGAAUGAAGAGAGAAAGAAUGCCAUAAAAACAAGUGACUAUUCAGAACCUGGUGAUGAUGAUGAUAGUGAUGCUGAAGAGUGCACAGUUAUAGGUGUUAGUGAAGCCAUGAGCAAAGAAAAGGAGGCAGAUUCUGAGAGUGAUGCUGAAGAGUGCACAGUUAUAGGUGUUAGUGAAGACAUGAGCAAAGAAAAGGAGGCAGAUUCUGAGAGUGAUGCUGAAGAGUGCACAGUUAUAGGUGUUAGUGAAGACAUGAGCAAAGAAAAGGAGGUAGAUUCUGAGAGUGAUACCAGACCAAGUAAUCUUGAGUUCAGUACAACUCAGGAUAAAGAUGAUUCUGUUUUGUUAGUUCUCAGCAGUGAUGAAAGCCAGCAGUCUGAACACAGUGAGAAUGAAGAGGACACUGUGUGUUUUGUUGAAAAUAACGGUAACAAAGAGUCCCUAAAUGGAGACUCAGAAAAUCUGUCACAUGACAAUGCAUUGUUUGUGAUUGACACUACUCCCGGAUUGAGUGCUGAUAAAAAUUUUUACUUGGAUGAAGAAGACAAGGCAGGUGAGGUUGCCAUUGAGGAGGAGGAGGAGGAAGAGGAAGAAGAGGAAGAAAGUGAAGAAGAACUAUCAGACCAUGACAGAAAUAAAGAUAAUGAGCUUAGUGAUGAAGACAACUUGCUAAGUAACACAAAAUCUAAACUUCUGAAGUUGACGAGCAGCAGCAUAGAUACUGGACUGAAUAUUAAGGAGCUGGGUGGUUUGUAUAUUAAUUUCAAUGCAGACAAGCUACAGUUGAACAAGAGAACCCUAACACAGAUGAAAGAGAAAAGGAAAGAUGAGCUUCUGCAGAAAACUGUCAUUACUCCUGAAUUUGAAAAAAACUACUGUGUCCCACCAUAUAGUGAAUCAAAAUAUAAACUUCAGAAAAAACGCAGACAAGAGCGACAAAAAACAGCAGGUGAUGGAUGGUUUGGUAUGAAAGCGCCAGAACUGACAGAUGAACUGAAAAAUGAUCUCAAAGCACUGAAGAUGAGAGCUAGCAUGGACCCAAAAAGGUUUUACAAGAAAAAUGAUAGAGAUGGCUUCCCUAAGUACUUCCAGAUUGGAACCAUUGUUGACAAUCCUGCUGACUUCUACCAUUCACGACUUCCUAAGAAACAAAGGAAGAGAACUAUCGUGGAGGAACUGCUGGCUGAUUCUGAGUUCAGAAGAUAUAACCGAAGGAAGUACUCAGAGAUAAUGGCUGAAAAGGCAGCAAAUGCAGCAGGAAAGAAGUUUCGAAAGAAGAAGAAGUUCCGUAAUUAAGAUUCACCAAGCAAAUCACAAAAUUGAUAUUGCAGUCUUUUUUUUUUUUGGCUGCACUGCAAAUUAUACAGAAUCUGAAGCUGCCUGACCAGGUUUCAAACCUGCACCCACUGCAGUGGGAGCAUGGAGACUUCACCAUUGGAUCACCAGGGAAGUCCCUUUAUUUGUGAAUUUUUUUAUGUCACAUAAAUAACUUGGAACAAAGUAGAGAGUUAUUAACAAAUGUAAAAUACCUUAUUCAGUGAAAUACUGAAAUAAACUGAAAUACUUCAACUGGAAAUCAAUUUAAGUCACCUUUAUUAACAUUUACUUUAAGGGAUUAAAACUGGUAAGAUGCAUAGCAGUAUCUCAGAUAACGAUCUUCACAAGUUUAAAUCUUCAAAACAGUAUCAAAGUAUAUCUACGUAAAGAUGAGAAGGAAGUCUCUUAGUGCCUCAGGCUUCCACAAAAAUCUAUACUUGAAUAAUGGAUAUAUUUAUCUUUUUUUUUUUUUUUUUAAGCAAAACCACCAUUGAGAAACAGGUUUAGUGUCUUUGGCUUAUGUCAACUAAACUCAGUUCACUUACUGGAGCUAUUUAUUUGAAGGCUAAUGACUAUCAGAAGUACCAUGACUUCUCAACUGAAAAGCAUUAAAAAGUGUACUAAGUGCUGAUACAGUGUAAUGAAAGAAGAGCCUUCAGAAUACCUUAAGGAGCUCUUGAAAGACACCUGAAAUGCUUUUAAGACAACUUAUUAAAAAGAUAGUCUACAGUGCUA